AUCUCUGUGUUGUCCCUUACUGUGUUAGUUACCUUACCUACUUAAUUUAGAAAGAGUUGCUUACGAAAGAUUUUGUGAUGCUAGUGGUGGUAACUUUUGGUUAAAGAUAUCACUGCAAACAUGAAACAAACUUUCAUAAAUAAAAAAUAGUUUUUUUUUUUUUAAUACAAUAUCAAAUUUAGUUGAGAAUUUGAAGAGCUAACUGACAGUUUGUUAGUUGAGAAAAAAUUGGAACUUUUACAAAAACAGUACUAAAGCAAGAAUGUUACAUCUGAUUACUAAAAUAAUGGGUUAAGAAUGGUAAUUAUUAACAACUAAUCAAGGUCUAAAAUAAUGCCCAACUGUGAAGAUUUGGAUGAAGUUAUGUAACAAAAGGGCCAAAACUUCACAGCAAAGAAACCUUCUAAGAAUAGCAAAGGGUUGGGAAAAUGUCAAAAAUAUGCAUGCCUCUUGUGUGCUGUAUGGAUGUGUAUAAUCUAAGUCAAUGACUUAUCCCAAAAAAUAUGGCUGCAAAUUUGGAUGUUUUGUGGAAGCUGAGCUCAGUAUAUCAGCUUUAUAUCCAAAUUCCCUAAAGAGAGUACUUUAUUAGUUAUUACAACAUCUGCAAAAACUUGUGUGUGAACUGAGGAGAUAUGUUUUUUCUAUGCAGUGGACAGGUGCUGCUCAAAACUGAAAACGCGUAGCAGUGUCUACGUCAUAUUUGGAAAGCUCAGCAGAGAACCAGGGAUCACAAAUAUCGGAUUUCUUGCUGUUUGUGAGGAAACAUUCUGUCUAUUUUGGAAACAUAGUGCUCUUGCUACUUAGAGAAUUUGCAUAGGUUGUCUGUUUUUAUGUAUGAGAUCAUACCAGAUUUAUUGCAUUUGGAUUGUUUAAGGUUAACUUCACAGAAACAGUCAUAUGUCAGAGUAAAAAUACAAAGAUUGCAGUAAAAAUUAUUGCACAGACAAAUUGAUAUAUGGCUAAUCUCCUAAUUACAAUCACUUAAACCAUGAUGUAUCAAUUAAACUGCAACCAUACAUUAUUGAAGCUAUAUAUGAGGCAUAUAGGAACACUCAGCAGCAGGUGUGAAUUUUCAUCUUGGAACAUAAAGAUUAGCUUAGCGUAAAAGAAUACAAGAGCGAGGCUCUUCAUCAUAGUCGUGCAACUAUAUGCAAUGCGCUUGAAUCACGCAAGUUUUGUUGGGAAAAAUAUAGGUAAGUAGGCAAUGAUUUAUAGCAGCUGUAUCUAAGAAUAGGUUUGUAUGAGGAGAAUGUGCAUAGCAAGCAUUAUAAACAUGAGCAUGCUCUUUAACUCCUAGAAGCAUAGGAUUCUUGCCUAUUCAUCUGUAUCAACUGAUGCUGGAGAGAUGGAAAAUGAAAACCAGUAAAUCACACAAAAGAAAGCAGGAACACUCAUAUUCUGCUUCAUGUAUAGAUGUAUUGAUGCAGAAAAUCUUCAUGAGUGCAGUCUAUACCUAUUACAAAUUAUAUUUCAUCAUUUUUCAGCAUAUAUUAAAGUAAUUGAUCCACUAAUAAAGUUCCUCAUUCAAAAUUCAAAUAGAACAUAGGGUGAUGAUGCUUUCACCUGUGGGAUUAUUGCCUGAGUAUAGAUGGAAAUUAAUUACAACACUAUCUUGAAAAUACUGCACAUUCUGUAAUCCUUGGAAAAUGAUGAAGGUCACAUGAGCUCAUCCUUGGUGUUGACUGUUGAUAGUAUACGCGACUUUAUACGCCUAAAAAAGGAGAAAAUACAGAGACAAACAGAGGCUACACUCUCCUAUUUAUAGUGCAAAUGAAGGUGUGUUGUGAAAUUGAGGCAAUGGCUACUGGUUUGCAGUGUUUUUGGGGGCUGUCUCUCUCACUUUCACUUUCACUUUGUUUGAUUCAUGCAAUAUCCACUACUCCUCAUGUUUACAUUGUCUACUUAGGGAAAGUCCAGCAUUCCGAUCCUCUACGUGCACACGAGCAUCAUCUUCGCCACCUUGGCAGCGUAUUCCAUAGCAACGAAGAAGCAAAGGAGGCAAUGGUCCAUAGCUACAAGCUUUCCUUGUCUGGAUUUGCUGCAACUCUCAAUGCAACCCAAGCAGCCAUCUUGACAAAUAGGAAAGGCGUGAUCUCGGUGUUCCGGAGCAGGACACUGAAGCUGCACACCACCAGAAGCUGGGAUUUCAUGGGACUUACCCUGCCCCUGCACGGACAGGGACAGGGGCAACUACCAUUGCAGCUCACCCAUGGAGACGACGUCGUUGUCGCUGUCUUUGACUCAGGUGUGUGGCCGGAGUCGGGUAGCUUCAAGGAGGAGGCCGGCAUGGGGCCGGUGCCGAAGCAGUGGAAGGGAGCAUGCGACGGCGGAGAAGCGUUCGACGCCGAGAAACACUGCAACAAGAAGCUCAUCGGAGCCAGAUAUUUCAAGGCAGGUUUCGAGAGAUCCUACGGCAAGAUCAACAAGACACGCAAUCCCGAAUACCUCUCGGCUCGAGACAUCCUCGGACACGGAACACACACCGCCGCCACCGCCGUCGGAUCCAGAGUGAAGAACGUCGAUCUGUUCGGGGCUGCGGGCGGCGUGGCCCGCGGCGGCGCUCCCAGGGCGAGGCUGGCGGUGUACAAAGUGUGCUGGAACCGCGGCGGCGACGGGGCGUGCACCGAAGCGGACGUGCUGGCGGCCUUCGACCAGGCGCUGCACGACGGCGUGCACGUGAUAUCGGCGUCGAUCGGGCGGAGGCUGCCGCUGAGGCUGAACUCGGCGGCGGGGGUGGGGUCCUUCCACGCGAUGCAGGCCGGGGUGAGCGUGGUGUUUGCGGCGGGGAAUUCGGGGCCGGAUUUGUCCACCGUUGAUAACGUGUUUCCGUGGAGCAUCUCCGUCGCUGCUUCCACCGUUGAUCGGACUUUCCCCACCGAGAUUUUGCUCCACAACGCCACCUCUUUCCUCGGUGAAGGUUUGGUAACCAAAUGUAUAAGCGGAGCACUAGCAAGAACUAGAGAUUUUUUUUACAACGGGAUUUGUGAUAUGGAUAACCGGAAUCUAACGGGUCGAUCGGCGUCGGGUUUGAUACUCCUUUGCUUCUCGGACGACGGAUCGGAGGUGUUGAGCAUGAGAGCGGAGUAUGCAGCAAGCCAAAUAAACGCAGCAGCGCUCAUCUUUGUGCAGCCAAUAACCAGACCUCUUGCUGUUCUAAGCAUAAUACCCCUUGUACGAAUAGACAUAAUUCAAGGCACAAAAUUGGGCCAACUAAGCUAUGGCACCAAGAUGCGCAUCCUGCCGAGUGAAACGGUCAUAAAAAGGUCGCCGGCGCCUGUGGUUGCGGCUUUUUCCUCGAGAGGUCCUAGCUCUAUUUCGCCGGAUUUUCUCAAGCCGGACAUUAGUGCACCGGGAGUAAACAUAUUGGCGGCAUGGUCGCCCAAGAGUCCUCCGACGACAUUUUCCGGCGAUAAUCGAUCGGUUGAAUGGAAUAUGUUAUCGGGAACGUCUAUGUCAUGUCCCCAUGUCUCCGGUGUCGUCGCGCUUCUCAAGUCUGCACAUCCACAUUGGUCUCCUGCUGCAAUUAGAUCUGCCCUCUUGACAACAGCUUACAACGUGGACAUAUAUGGCGACGACAUAGCAAUUGAAGCGUCGGAGAAAUCUGCGGAUCCGUUCGACAUCGGAUCGGGACACAUUGAUCCACUAAAGGCCUUAGAUCCGGGACUUGUCUACGACGCCACAACGACGGACUAUGUUCAUUUUCUAUGCAACAUGGGGUAUUCCGAAGCCCAAAUACAAGCCAUGCUCAUCUGCCCAAUACUAACAAUCACGUGCCCGGACAAGCCCGAGCCCAACUGGAACAUAAACUACCCAUCCAUCACCAUGUCGGACCUCAGGUACGCCACCACGGUCAAGAGAAGUGUGAGAAACGUGGGGCAUUCCAAAACGGGUGUGUACUAUGUUAGCGUGGUGAAACCACAUGGCGUUGAGGUUGUGGUUUGGCCCAGAGUGUUGGUGUUUUCCCCUUUUAAAGAGGAGAUUACGUAUCACGUGACUAUGAGUCCGCUCAAGAUAUCUCAAGGUAGAUAUGAUUUCGGGUCUAUUAUGUGGUCCGAUGGAUUCCAUCAUGUUAGAAGCCCUCUGGUUGUGCAGGUCAAUACUAAUGCGGCUCUGACCGCCACUAUUGUUGAUGCGUGAAACUCUCUCUCGGAUAUAUGGUGGAUGUAAAUCACCUCUAUUGUCAUUUUAACGAAAUUACUUUCGUAUUCAAUAUUGCAAAUUGUCUUUAGAUGCAUCAUCUAUUGAUCUAAAAGAUUUUUCUAAACGAGCUAGUUCGUGUGUUACUUGAGCUUCUAAUCACGACGCACUUAAUCUAUACUAAUAGAAAAAGAGUUUAAGGCACAACUUGUGGAUUGCUUAUUUUACCCCUAUUAUAUAUUUAUUAUUAUAUUUAUAAAAUAUAAAUCUAUUUUGAUAUACAUUUAUUUGUCAUCCAAAUCUAUAAAGAAUACUUUAUAUCUGUAGCUAUUGAUAAGACUUAUAAAUAAAUAUAUAUCCAUUCAGUAAAUGAUCUAAUAAAAGUAAUGAAUUAAUAGAUUUUUUAAAUAAUAAAUUAUCAAUUAAAAUAACAUUAAUUGCACGUACAACGUACGUUCUUUCGGCUAAUUAUUCAAAAAACGCAAAAAACUUGCAUGCGGACCGCCGCAUGCUAUGCGGCCGCGUUCCUUAUACACUAUAUUAAACUUUUUAUAAUGAAUAAAUAAAAAAUCAUCACAUGGUGCAAUGGCAACAAUUGACUAUUAUCUUUAUUCUUGAGGUAGGGGGUUUGAAACCCAAUACUUGCUUUUUUUGCGAUUUUAUUCUUUUUUUUUUUUAAUCUUUUUGUUCUUUUUUUUCUUUUUUGCGAUUUUUUUUAUGUUUUUGUUCUUUUUUCAUUUUUUGCAUUUUUGCGAUUUUGUUCUUCUUUUUUCACGUUUUUUUUCUUUUCCUGUUUUUUUUAGUUUUUUUUGUAUUUUAUUUUUUGCAUUUAUAUAAAUAUAUUUCUUUUUUUUUCUUUUUAUCAUUUCUUUUUAUUACUUUUCUUUUGCAUUUUUUUACAUAUAUUUUUCUAUUUUUUUUACGUUUUUUUG